UUUGUUGCUACUGGGGAUUGUUGUGUUGUGAAAAUGGCGACGCCUCGUCGCUCCCCUCAGUUUCUCUCCUCCCCACCCCGAACCUCCUCGCUCCCAGUCACCCCGUCGGGCUCGCCUCUGACACCAUCUGACGAUCCCGCGCUUCUCCCUCGCGAAGCAGCCGCGGACGGUGAGGUUUCCCCGGCCUCUCCCACGGCAACCAGCAGCACCCCGGUUUUGGCCCUGAGCAGCGCUGCUAGCAGCAUCGCUAGCUCCCCGACCACCACGGAAGGGAGCGGGACGAGCGAAGCAUCGACGCCCGAUUCGGGUGACGGUAACACGGGCAGCGGCAACGGUGGCUGUGGCUUCAGCGGUACGAACGGGGCGUUCAGGGAGCUGUUCGAAGCCUGUCGGAAUGGAGAUGUUUUGAGAGUGAAAAAGUUGGCAGACACAGCGAAUGUGAACGCUAAAGAUAUGGCUGGACGCAAAUCUACACCCUUACACUUUGCCGCAGGUUUCGGGCGUAAAGAUGUGGUUGACCACCUGCUUCAGAUCGGCGCCAAUGUCCACGCAAGGGAUGACGGCGGACUGAUACCACUGCACAAUGCAUGCUCCUUUGGCCACUCAGAGGUGGUGUCCUUGCUGCUGUGUCAGGGCGCUGAGCCGAAUGCCAGAGAUAACUGGAACUACACGCCUUUACACGAGGCGGCAAUCAAAGGCAAGAUAGACGUCUGUAUAGUUCUACUGCAGCAUGGAGCCGACCCCAACAUCCGCAACACUGACGGAAAGUCUGCCUUGGACCUGGCUGAACCCUCCGCCAAGGCUGUCCUCACAGGUGAAUACAAGAAGGAUGAGUUGCUGGAGGCAGCGAGGAGCGGCAACGAGGAGAAGCUAAUGGCUCUGCUUACACCGCUCAACGUCAACUGCCACGCGAGUGACGGCCGCAAGUCCACUCCACUCCACCUAGCAGCAGGAUACAACAGGGUGAGGAUAGUUCAGCUGUUACUACAGCACGGAGCAGACGUUCACGCCAAGGACAAGGGUGGUCUCGUGCCGCUUCAUAACGCCUGCUCCUAUGGACACUAUGAAGUUACCGAGCUGCUGCUGAAGCACGGGGCCUGCGUGAACGCCAUGGACCUGUGGCAGUUCACCCCGCUGCACGAGGCGGCAUCCAAAAACCGCAUUGAGGUCUGCUCCCUGCUUCUGAGCCACGGUGCCGACCCCACACUGCUCAACUGUCACAGCAAGAGCUCCGUGGACAUGGCGCCCACCCCUGAGCUCAAGGAGAGGCUCUCAUAUGAGUUUAAGGGCCACUCACUGCUUCAAGCCGCUCGGGAAGCCGACAUGGCCAAGGCGAAGAGGAGCCUGGCGCUGGAGAUCAUCAACUUCAAACACCCUAACACACACGAGACGGCGCUGCAUUGUGCAGUAGCAUCGCCACACCCCAAGAGGAAACAGGUGACAGAGUUGUUGCUGAGAAAGGGAGCCAAUGUCAACGAGAAGAAUAAAGACUUCAUGACACCUCUCCACGUGGCUGCAGAGCGCGCUCAUAAUGACAUCAUGGAGGUGCUGCAGAAACAUGGCGCCAAGGUGAACGCUCUUGACACGCUGGGUCAGACAGCAUUGCACCGCGCGUCGCUGGCGGGCCAUCUGCAGACCUGCCGGCUGUUGCUUGGAUACGGGGCAGACGCCUCGCUUGUGUCGCUGCAGGGCUUCACUGCUGCUCAGAUGGGGAAUGAGGCUGUUCAACAGAUACUCAAUGAAAAUGUGCCAGUCAGAAACUCAGACGUGGACUACAGACUUCUAGAAGCUGCUAAAGCCGGAGACCUGGACACCGUCAAGUCACUGUGCACGGCUCAGAAUGUGAACUGCAGAGAUCUGGAGGGGCGGCACUCCACUCCUCUUCACUUUGCGGCCGGCUACAACAGAGUGCAGGUGGUGGAGUACCUGUUACACCACGGGGCCGACGUUCACGCCAAGGACAAAGGCGGUUUAGUUCCCCUCCAUAACGCCUGCUCGUACGGUCACUACGAGGUCGCCGAGCUGCUGGUCAGACACGGCGCCUCGGUCAAUGUGGCCGACCUUUGGAAGUUCUCUCCGCUGCACGAAGCUGCUGCCAAGGGCAAAUAUGAGAUCUGUAAACUGCUGCUCAAGCACGGCGCAGACCCCAGCAAAAAGAACCGAGAUGGAAACACGCCCCUGGAUCUGGUGAAGGACGGCGACACAGACAUCCAGGACCUCCUGAGAGGCGAUGCGGCCUUGCUGGAUGCCGCCAAGAAGGGCUGCCUGGCUAGAGUGCAGAAGUUAUGUAGCCCAGACAACAUCAACUGUCGGGACACGCAGGGACGAAACUCAACUCCUCUGCACCUUGCCGCUGGCUACAACAACCUAGAGGUGGCAGAGUAUCUGCUGGAGCACGGAGCUGACGUGAAUGCACAGGACAAAGGCGGUCUGAUACCUUUGCACAAUGCCGCUUCAUAUGGGCAUGUGGACAUAGCCGCCCUUCUCAUCAAGUACCACACCUGCGUCAACGCCACCGACAAAUGGGCAUUCACGCCACUCCACGAGGCAGCGCAGAAGGGGCGGACGCAACUCUGCGCCCUGCUUUUGGCCCAUGGAGCUGAUCCCACCAUGAAGAACCAAGAAGGACAGACGCCGCUGGACUUGGCAACAGCCGAUGACAUCAGAGCGCUGCUGAUCGAUGCCAUGCCUCCAGACGCGCUGCCCAGCUGUCUGAAACCACAGGCCACAGUGGUGAGCGCCAGUGUGGUGACGGCAGGCGCCACGGGGGGCGUGGUCAUCUCUCCCUCGCCGUCACCAUCUUCUUGCCUGUCGGCCGCCAGCAGCAUCGACAACCUGACGGCGCCCCUCGGGGACAUCGCGGUGGGCGGCGCCGCUGGGACGGCGGACGGCGCAUGCGGCUCAGACAGGAAGGAAGCAGAGACUCUACUGGAUAUGACCAUCAACCAGUUCUUAAAAAGUCUCGGACUGGAGCACCUCAGAGACGUUUUCCAGCGAGAACAGAUCUCGCUGGACGUGCUGGCAGACAUGGGCCACGAGGAGCUAAAGGAGAUUGGGAUCAACGCUUACGGGCACAGACACAAACUCAUCAAGGGCAUCGAGCGGCUGCUGGGAGGUCAGCAAGGUGCCAACCCGUACCUGACGUUCCACUGCUCCAGCCAAGGCACCGUGCUUGUCGACCUGGCCCCGGACGACAAGGAGUUCCAGUCGGUGGAGGAAGAACUGCAGAGCACCAUCAGAGAGCACCGUGAUGGCGGCAACGCCGGCGGCGUCUUCAGCCAGUACAACAUCAUCAAGAUUCAGAAGGUGGUGAACAAGAAGUUACGGGAGAGAUACUCGCACAGACAGAAGGAGAUCGUUGAUGAAAACCACAACCACCACAACGAGCGCAUGCUUUUUCAUGGUUCUCCCUUCAUCAACGCCAUCAUCCACAAAGGCUUCGACGAGCGCCACGCCUACAUCGGGGGCAUGUUCGGCGCCGGCAUCUACUUCGCAGAGAACUCCUCCAAAAGCAACCAGUAUGUUUACGGGAUAGGCGGAGGCACGGGUUGUCCCACACACAAAGAUCGCUCCUGCUACGUUUGUCACAGGCAGAUGUUGUUCUGCAGAGUGACGCUGGGGAAGUCCUUUCUUCAAUUUAGUGCCAUGAAGAUGGCCCACGCGCCGCCCGGACAUCACUCGGUCAUUGGGCGGCCCAGUGUCAAUGGGCUGGCCUAUGCGGAGUAUGUCAUCUACAGAGGAGAGCAGGCUUACCCAGAAUACUUGAUCACGUACCAGAUUGUCAAACCAGAAAGCGUGGCCACGCCCAGCGCCCCAGCCGAGCAGAAGUCUUAACGCACGCUGCACGUUGCAAAUAGGAUCUCAAAGUCGAGAGGAUGCACGCCGAGCAAGCGAGCGAGCAGCCUUUUUUGGAAGCCGCUCAGCCCAACUCAGAGUGGCCGAUCGGACCGAUGGGCAUGGGCCACCCAGCGACAAGAGGCGACGUUGCCCAAAGUGUUGACCCCAAAGUGGCCAUUUGAUUUGGACUCUGUUACUGAGCAGAGCGAGGAAGCGUUUUAUUUUACAGAUGAAUGACGACAUCACGAGGACCAUCAUGCGCUGCUUCGUCCCCAUCCGAAAAGAACAACAUGGAGACAAAAUGAGCAUUGCUUUGUUCACAGCAGAACAUUUGGAGCUGGUAGCAUCUGUGCAAGACUUUAACAAACUCUCCCGACGUGACCACGAGACGUUUUACAACGCUAAACAAACUCAAGUCACCUGUUGCUUUCUAAACAGAGAUAUGGGGAUGAAUGGAUGUGAUAUUACUCAAAGCAGCGCCACCUGGUCCGUGUUAAGAGAAAGGCCCUCUCAUCAUAUGCAGCAAUCCCUCACCGAUAGCGGUUUGAGCCCUGAGGCAAAUACUUUUAAGGAUUCAUUUUAGUGAAGUAAAAGUGUUUGGCCUGUGUGAUUAGUUUAACAUGUAAGUGUACUUCAAUAACAUUUCAGAUUUAUCUUUCAUCAUUCAGCUUCCCAUGAAAUGGCUGACAAAUGAUGUGAUCCACUGAAAGUGCGUGUCCACUCGUAUAUGGCCACAAACAACCCAGGUUAAAUUUUGCUCCCUCCCCCAUGCACAAAUAUUGUCUCUGCCAAGAUCUAUUACUUGAACAUAAAAUUGUUGCCUUGUGAUGCAAGUUCGGUUUGCUCUGUCACCAUGUUUGUAACUCAUACAUGUGUAUCAUUAAUCAUUGUUUCCCCCAUUGAACCGAAUGGAAAUGCCAUGAAUCCGUUCCAGUCUCCCCCCAAAAGACCCAACAAAAAUGAAUGUAAUUUUAAUGAGAAAAAUUGUCCUCUAUCAUAUUGUACUUUUGAAAACUCAUCGAAAUGACAAGAAUUUCCGUUGUUACCGCAUUCUCUUUUUUUUUGUGGAGAAUUGCCGUUCUUCCCGCAUUUUCUUUUUUUUUUUGUGGUUACAUUUCAUCACCUUGUGGCGCUUGCUUCUCCUGGUGUGCCUUGGCCGCCUGGGGGCGAUAUAAUAUAGACAGCUGCUCAAAAAGGAAGCUCCAGCGAUUUCAGCCGUUUUUCAGCACGGAUGAAGUGCUAGUUCUAUUUAGCCAGAGCUUUGGCGCCAUCUUGUGGCAGUCUUUGGGCCUGUUCGAAAGGGCACAAACAAGACACUCGCACAUGAGUGAAUUGAGCACCAGAUCGCUCAGGAUCGAAAUAGGAAAACACAAUUAGGUGAAUUUGUGAGCAGUGAAGCGCUGAUAAGCGUAGAAAAAAAUUGUUACAUGUCGUUACAAAAGUUGCAUUCUUGUCAUUUCUGAGAGCCCCCCGCCCCCUACUGGUGAGUCCAUGUUGGUGUUUACAAUUGCUUAUAACUUGCUUCUUUUCCUCACCUUCUCGGGAGUUGAAUAUACGCUGUUUGCAUUUAACAAUACUGUAUAUGACCAGUUUGUUUCGGUUAUCCCCUCACCCCCCAUUGUUUUCCCGUUCUGGAUGGAAAGCUCAUUUGUCUGAUAUCCUUGAUAUCAGACAAAUCCAUUUAAGGGCGUACUAAUAAGCCAGAGGUGGCACUAGUACUUUUUGUCAAUCCGGUGACAUGCAAGCAGAUAAAAGACGAAAAGUUUGUCUGUAAAUUAAAACAAUUUACCAUGUUGGAAAAUGCCAACACGGUGAGCACUUUUCAUUGUUAGACAAUUCUUGUGAAACAGGCAGCUAAAAAAUCUAACAAAUAUUUGUGCCUCAUGUUGAUACUUUUUUUACGUUGUAUACUCAACUCACACACUUUUACACACCCUAACUGCCACCUAUGGAUUUUCUUUUAAUCAUGCAAACGCGGCAGAUUAGUUUGCCAUAUCAUUAAAAUGGCCGCUAUCACAAACCCUGCCACAGACAUAUCAAUCAAAAAUGUAGAAAUGUGAUGGAAGUUUAAUGUCGCAUAUUUGAAAAUGCUCUCACAAUUCAACAAAAUACACCUGCAUGUCCAUUUUAGGGAUGCAUCUAAAUAUCAAAUGACAUACGGAGUUUGUGAGUUAAACUUGUAUUAUCCAUUUUGAACUGUUGAACGGAGAAAAAAAUGGUGAAAAUGUGGUUUUCCUCAUUGGUAGUGUUUGUUUUACUUGCUGUUGUACAACUGGUUGUACAUCACUUCUGUCCACACAAGUUGUUGUACAGAAAAAAACGGAAUUAAAGAACUCAACUUGGUUUUGGA